AAAAGACCAAGCCCCAAUGCUUUUGUUCCCCGUCUCUUUUCCCCCCAUUUGAGAAUAUGAUGCAAUGAGACAGUAUUAUGUUGCCGUUUUUUACGCUAUUAUUCUGAAAGGAGAGUAUAUGGAAGAGGUAAGAAGAGGGCAUGGGGAGGUUUAGGAUGCACACACUCAAACUUGACUUAAUCCAUCCUGCUAAAAGCUAAUGCAUGGUGGCCUUGAACUGUUCUCCCAGGAGAUGAGUGAUCUUUGUCCCAUCUCUCCCUCUGUCUCUGUCUUGCUGUUUUUGAAGGGUCUCUUUUCAACCCAUUUUCAAUGAGCCGAAGGUAUUGUAUCCCACACAUUAUGAAUCUCAUGCUCUUCCUAUGGAGCGCCGAUUGCACCUUGUACACUCCUAAUGGAACGUGAAGCUAGAAGGUUUAAUAUGAAGAAGGUACAUCUAGCUUUAUGGUCCUUUAAAAAAAAAAAAAAAGACUCAUCUUUUCAAACCUGCUUUUAGCAUGACAUUUUUGUCUUUCUCCACGUUUGGACAUUGUAUUUUUGUCCCUUCAUCUAACCUAAUGUUUUUCAUGCUCUUGUCCUUCCUCUUUUAUAUUUUAUUCUCUCCUGUAGAAAGUGAGAAGCAAAGUGUGACACUUUUCGACAGUUCUUGAAGUCCUAAGACCCGGCUGGAUGUGGGCUGGUCCCACCUCCCAAUCACUGCAGGGGCCAGUAAAUUGAGACACUUAGGCCCUAACCUUAAACCAGCCGUGAAGAAAACUAAAUGCCAGGGAAACCUAAUCUUUGACUCGUCGAGCUCUCCCGCGCCGCCUCUUUCAGUGUGUGUGUGUGUGAGAAAGAGAGUGACUGAGACCUCUCAUUUUUCCGUUCUGUCCUUUUCGUUCCUCCCCUUGUCCUGCAAGGCCAAUCUCUUAAUCACAGGGUUGGAGAGGGCGGAGGAUUGAAAGGCCAGGUGACUUUCUUUCCUUCCACUCUCGCUGCGAGCCUCAUUGUGUGGAGAGGAGUAGACCGGGUUCGACAGACUUGAAUGCCAUGGGCUAUUAUAUUUACAUUGUUAACUGUGUGACUGGUCAGACCUCAUACUUACCACCUGUGCGUGCAUUCUUCAUGUACGUCAGUGUGUGCCUGCGCGCGGUUAAGUGUUUUCUGUGUGCACGUGAUGGGAUUAGAGUCACGGCGGUGGCAGAUUACCUGUAACUGUGAUCUGUUGUGGUGGGGAUUAACUUUGCGGCGCUCCAUGCUGUGAGGUAACAUGACGCAGCGGGGACAGGCGAGAGGAGAGUGGAGUUAAUGCUAGAGCACUGGGGUGAUAAAGCUAAGAUAAUCCACUUCUCCUGUGACCCGAGAAAGAGGAAGCGUGAGGGGCUCAUUGGCAACUUCACCUGGCGAGAACUUGAUUUAAGUGGAAAAGAGAAGUUUCCAGCGCUGGUGAGCCACAUGAAAACGCAGCGGGAAAGAGUCCCGCUAAGUUCCUAAAAUGAUGCCCGUUACAAAAUAAUGGGUUUGUUUAGAGAAAUGGCUGCAGGGCGAGUGGUGGUGGUUAAAAAACAAAGCUUGUGUCAUGGCGUCAGACUGAAGACCAACCUACCAAUCUUCAAGCUGAAGGAGUCUCGUGUACGGAGGCGGUACAGCGACUUUGAGUGGCUCAGAGCCGAGCUGGAGAGGGAGAGCAAGGUGGUCGUCCCACCUCUCCCAGGCAAAGCUCUUUUCCGGCAGCUUCCAUUUCGAGGGGAUGAUGGGAUAUUUGACGACUCUUUCAUCGAAGAGCGGCGACAGGCUCUGGAGCAGUUUCUCAACAAAGUGGCAGGUCACCCUCUAGCGCAGAAUGAACGAUGCCUGCACAUGUUUCUACAGGACGAGUCUUUGGACAAGAACUACACCCCAUCCAAAAUCAGACAAGCCUGAAAGAAAAAAAGAUGGUUCUGCUUGGCCUGGACCGACUCGGCCCGACUCGGUCCAGCUUGGCCCGACAACACAAAGCUUUCUUCACUGCUCCAGGUUUCUCUCAGACAAUAAACAUUUCAAUGACAACUACCCCUCUCAGCGCCCUCCACAAUAAUCUUGUUCACGUCCUUUAGUUUGAUUAGUAACCCUUAUCGGUGUUGGUUUUCACUUUCUAAUUGGAGUCAAGAAUGUUCGACACAUAACUGGUUGACAGUAAUUUAUAGUAGUUUCUUUUUAUGUCUGUAAAUGCCACUAACAUGGAUAUAUUAAGUAUUUAUCAUUUAGCUAUGUCUUGAAUAUUCAUUUAUAAAGAAACAACAUUCUGUGUAUGCAAAGCUCUUAAAUCCAAUCUAGUUUCCCACAUAUAUAGACUGGAAUCUUGCGCACUAUUAUGAGCAAGUAAACACACACACAUAUAAUUGAUGGGCCUUUACUCUCAACUCGCACUUAGUUGAUCCUCUCUUAAAAAGAAACUUUUGUGUGUAUCGACCAGCACCUGCCCAGUUAUCACAAUGAUCUUUUUCAUACGAAAGAAGUAAUUUACAGAGGGAACUGCAGUAUUUCUACUCGCUAUAUGCAUUUUGAGAUUUGUAUACUGCUGUGCCAUUUUUGUUUAUUUUGAAGAUUUUCCAAUAAAAUAGGUGAAAUGUC